AUGGCCGAGGGCAGCGCGGUGCCCGAGCACGACCGGCUCCUGCGGAGGGUGCAGGAGCUGGAAGAGGAGGUGAAGCGGCUGCAGGAGAAGCUGCGAGAGGAAGAGGAGGGCGCUGAGAGGACAUACGGCCGCAGACACGUGGCGCUCAAGAUCGCCUACCUGGGCUGGGGCUACCAGGGCUUCGCCAGCCAGGAGAACACCAGCAACACCAUCGAGGAGAAGCUCUUCGAGGCCCUGAGGAAGACGCGGCUGGUGGACGACAGACAGAGCUCCAACUACCACCGCUGCGGGCGGACGGACAAAGGAGUCAGCGCCUUCGGACAGGUGAUUUCCUUAGAUCUCCGCUCCAACCUGGUGGAGGGGAAGAAGCUAAACGGCCACAGGGGUGAUUCGGAAGGCCAGGAGGAGGAGGAGGAGCUCCGCUACACCCACUACACCCAUAUCCUGAACCGGGUGCCCCCGCCCGACAUCCGGCGCUAUUUCUUCCCCUGCGCCGACCUGGACGUGGCCCUGAUGCACUCGGCGGCUCAGAGGUACGUGGGGACCCACGAUUUCCGCAACCUGUGUAAAAUGGACGUGGCCAACGGGGUGGUCAACUUCCAGAGGACGAUCCUGAGCGCCGCGGUGACGUGGGUGGAGAGCGAAGGAGAAGGCGCCACGGGAUGCGCCUUCCUGUAUCACCAAGUCCGCUGCAUGAUGGCCAUCCUGUUCCUCAUCGGGCAGGGGAUGGAGAGCCCGCAGAUCAUCGAUGAGCUGCUGGACGUGGAGAAGAACCCUCGAAAACCGCAGUACAGCAUGGCAGUCGAGUUUCCCCUCGUCCUGUACGACUGCGAGUUCAGCAACGUCCAGUGGCUGUACGACCGCGAGGUGCAGCAGUUCAACGUCACCCACCUGCAGCAGCUCUGGGCCAGCCACGCCGUCAAAACUCAAGUGCUCCGCUCCAUGUUAGGGGGCUUGGAUGCCGCUCCCGUGGCCACUGGCGAGA